UUUUCCUUUCCCCAGACUCGUUUUUGUUUUUGUUUAGUGGAAAGUGAGUGCUAGGAAAAUUUCUGCUCAGUUUGCAGGUGUAGCGCCUGCUCUUCGCCGUAGGGGGCGCUGUGUACGCAUGUGUGCUGUAGUUAUUUUUAGAGAAGAAGAAGCUGAAGCCACAACAAUAACACACAGGCAUUUUCAGGAGCUGAAAAUCCUUUAAAUGCGACCUUUUCCGCGCGGAUUUUCUCGGUGUAACGUUUGCAAACGGUCCGUUUAUGUGAAAAGACUCCAAAAUAAUUCCGCACGAAGGUGAAUUUAGGCGCCAUGUUGCGUGUUUCAGCGAAUAAAUAGCAUGUCGUUAAUGCGAGGCUAGCUGCGCCGUUAGCCUGCGUGCACCGAGCCCGGUUCUGCUGUCGCUAUUCCAUUUCAUGUCACUGCUGUCCGGUACCGCGUGCAGACAUGGAGAGUUUGUACAAGCGGAAAAUGUUCGCGUCCAUGCGGAAAACCAAAGUAGCCGCAUCGAAGAAGCGGCAGAUCGGUCUGCCCGCCUCCAUCCUGGACGACAGUGACGAAGGGUCCUUCUCGUCGUCCUCCUCCUCCGGAUCACAGUCUGACUUCCAGAGCUCUCCGGAGGACGACAGCGAGCAGGAGGACCGAGACCGGAGCGAGUCCGGGGGGACCUCCAGCGAUGACAGCCGCUCUGUCACCCGCAGGAAGCGCUCCUUCCUGGGAGGCGACGACAGCUCUUCGUCGUCCAGCCGCGGCGACGAAGACGAGGAUGAAGAGGACGACGAUGACGACGACGAUGAGGAGGAUGACGACAGAAGUCACACGAAGAGGAUGGUCCAGCCGAGGAAGAGGAGCCGGCUGCAGCGGCAGGACGAGUCGGACUCGGACCGCGCGGAGGAGAAGCGGAGAGAAGACGCGGAGAAGGCGAAGAGGAGGCAGAGACACAACAAGCUGCUGGCGCUUUCCCGGAGGAUGAAGGCCCGCAUCCCGAGCCGGAGGGGGAGGCGCGUGAAGCAGGGCACAGGAGACAAGGAACAGUCUAAAAAAGCAGAGGAUGAGGCAGAUGGUGAUGAAGAUGGAGAUGGAGGAGGUGAAGAAGAAGAGGACAGAAAGAAAGAAGCAGCAGAGGGAGACAAAGGAGGAAAAGAGAAGGAGGAAGAAGAAGAGAAGAAGGAGGAGGAGAAGUAAGCCUGAGAGACAUAAUCGCAUUUCAAAAUGACGUACAGCUGUUUAUCUGUACAGGACUAAUGGUUAUAUGUGUUGUUGCUGUGACAACGAACACUUGUAACAAGCAACAAAAAGAAGAAAAGAGGAGGUGGACAGCGUCUCUGACCCCAAUGUGAGGUACUUUUUUGCUUCAGAUUGAAAAUAUAAACAUUUGCUGAUCUGCUGAGCGCUCAGUUUUAUUUACAUGCUGCAGAUGUUUCAAUGUUAAUCCGCCAACAGCUGGAGGCUCCAAGCACUGCUGCCCUGUAUGACAUCACAAGCAAAACCAUAUAAUGGUUAAGAUGGAUUCAACCAGGUGGCCUGCACUAUCAGAGUGACUUACGAUCAGAGUAACAUCUUUAUUAUAAUUUAUUAGCUUUUUUUGGUUCGUUGUUGUAACACUAACAGGUUUUGUCUGGGAGUGGUAGCCACAGCUUUCCUGCAGCUGUCCAUCUGAAACUCACAGCCCACCAGUGAAAGGAGCAAAAACAAGUCGCCAGUGUUGAAUUGUCUGUGGAAAAGUUUAUUUUGUUUGUAUUCGGGCCAUUGAAAGAAAAAAAAUGAAAGGCCCUAGUUGUGUGAUGUAAAAUUCAGGAAAAAAAAAGUCUUAAACUUAAAGUUGUAAAUUUUCAACUUCAUGAAAAAAUAUGACAAAUUUACAAUAAAAACAUCAUUAACACAUAAUACAUGUUUUUAGAAAACAGCACUUAUUUUCAAUCAGAUAACAAAUUAUGAGCUUAUUUUCAUUAGAACGAGUCCUGCAGUAAAACACAGGCCACUACAUGCAGCUGGCUGUGAGGUGUGUGCAACACGUGAUUUAAAAAAAACAACAAAAAAAACAACAUACAUAUUCAAUAUUAACUUUGCUCGCAUGAAAUUAGCUUUCUUAUAAGAUGUGAUUUUUUUUAUUUUUUUCUCUCUUAACUAAAAAAAAUCAGCUUUUUUCUGGCCCACGUUUGGCCCUCUGGUUGCUCAGUUCUGGCAUUUGGCAAUCACCACAUAUGGCCCAGAGGUCAUCAACACAGCUGGCAGCUGGCACAUGUAUGGUGGACCUGGGCAGCCACUGAGUCACAGGCAGAUGUGGGCCACACAUCUGGGUUAUAUUUUGCAUAUUUGAACCGGCAGAUGUUUUGCUACUUUAGCCUUAAAAAAUACAAAAAUGUGCUCAUUUCCUGUUGUUUUAGUCACAGCUCUGCCUGCAAGUCCAACAAAAAGCUAGUAAGCAGUUCUUGAGUUCAGCUUGAUGAAAUUUGUGGCAGCAGAUCAGCUGGUGAAGCUAAAACCAGAGCGAAAGCUUUCCUGGAUGUGGAGCACAGAAGCUGCUUUCCUUCCUGCAAAAGGGAAGAGCCGCUUAGUGGGCGGGGCUUCCACAUCACAUCACUGAGUGUAAUCGUUGCGUUCUGACUGCGUGUGAUCUUUCAGAAGCCGACUGCAUCUCCCAGAAGACACUGCUGUGAGUCUUUAGUGAAUUCUUGAUGGCAGUGUUGUGAAUAUGCUAAAAACUCUGAUUUCACGACCCCGGAGGAUUCUGGGUAUUAGAGUAUUUAGAGACAUUCAGUAACCGACAGCACUCUGACUUUCUGUUGCACUUUCCUUCUUUUUCUUUCACUCUUUUUUGCUGAGGUUGAGUUUCAUUGUUUGCCGAUCUUUUCUAAGUAAGUGUGAAGGCCUCGCAGACCGAUUGAUUUUUUUCUUGUACAGCAGCUUUUUAAUCUGUUGCUUUAUUUUUGAAAAAAUAUUUACAUAUUUUGAUAGUUUUGUCCGUCUGUUCUCUCCAGCCGUCUCUAUGUUUCUGUUAUUACACCGUCAGCUAAAUACCUUUGAAUGUUGAAUGACACAAGAUUUUCAAAAGAUUUUCCUGCAAGUUCACUUUGCUGACAUAAUAAUACGUUGUUGCUAUCCUUAUACUUACUUCCUGGUACACUUGCAGUAUAGUGGUUGUCCAUAAUAAAUCACAGAGAAAACCAAAUUAUUUGUCAGUAACUGCAUUAAAAAUGCCUGUAUCAGUUGUGCAGGUCAUGGUAGUCUUGAGUGCUUAAAAAUAAAGUAGUUGACAGUACUUGUCUUAGACAGGUGCCACCUUUUGGCCUCAGUGACGGUAAUGACACACGCCAUUUCUCAUAAUUUGAACUGGAAAAGCCUCCUGGAUGAAAAAUGAAAAGUCUAAAGAAACCUAAAGAAGUCCCCGUUGCCCUUUUUUUAACCACUCAAGUCUGCAUUAAAAAAGCUCCAAUUAGCCAAGGUGAUGGUUGCGCAGUUGUUAUGAAGGUUGAAAAAACUUGACAGAGUGAAACGGUUUUCUUGUAUCAGGCUGCAAAACAUGUUUAUUUCUGCUGUAAAAUUGGACAUUUAACAUGAGAGUCUGGGGGAGAGUGACUUGCUUUUGGAUCCUCAAGUGGACAUUAGAGGAACUGCAGUUUUGGUAUUUAAGCACUGGCUUCCUGGAGUUACCAGGGGUCAUCACUUGGUAUGUCAUCAUGAAUGUUUAAGUUGGCACUCUGUUUUUGUUAGAUUACCAGUGUUUAAAACGCCCAAAUAUAUGAGCUCAUUGUGGUUUAAGAAGUCAAUGAGGUUGUUCUUAUGCUACUUUCUGGUACAUCUGGAAUUCUUUGAUAAAUCUUACAUACAUUCUCUGAUGCAGAAAUCAAUUGGGCUUAUCAUCAUGUUUGUGUGCAAAACUGCCAAUUAUCAGUUUGGCAGAACUUACUGCAUUUAAAUCAGAAGUAUUAUGCGAUAUUCAGUGGCAGCUGUUUAAAACCAAACAAAUGACCAAGACUGGUUGUGAUGACAUGUUGCCCGUACCUCGCGGUGGUCACUUGUUGGUGUUUAUUUACUAUUUUAAGACUGCUACACUCAACUUUAUGGUAGCUUUUUGCCAUACAAUUCAACAUUAAGUAAUUAGUAAAAUGUGCUUAGUCAUAGUCAUCAAACAGGCUUUUGGCGUCACCUUAUGAUGGUAGGGGUGCAUUAAAAAAGUUGUGUAAAAUACUUUUUCCCCCUUUCUUUUCUUACAAUUUCUCUUAGAGCUGACAGUUGAAAAGUCGUGACCUUUAAUUUUUAGUUUCCUUGUUUAAAGAAGGCUUGUUUGGGCUUUGUGACAGAUAGCACAUGGUCCUUGUCCAGGAUUUUAACCUGUCAUCCAACAGCUACUGGAUCACUCCGGUGACCUGUUGAUAUGAUUGUGCAUUGUUUAAAGAAACGUGAUGACUGUGGCAGUGAAUUUCAUACAACUGACAGGAAGUAUGGACAGAACUAUCAAAAUAAGAGUCUAACUGUGUAAAAUAAAGUAAAAUUUGUGUGAUUUUUGCCCAUGUUUGAUCUGAGAUUGUGGACAUUUCUCCAUCAGUAAAUUUUGUUUGCAAAAAUCAAAUGAUCCCACCUGGUUCCUUUUUUUUGGUGGGAGGUUCCUGUACAUAGAAAUGUGGGUGAAUUAUCCCAAAACUAUUUUGUAUUUUUCUAUUUAUUUCUUCCUUUGUAAAGUCUUCUAAUAGGCCACAGGCAUGUGCUAAAACAAAAAAUGGACAAAUGAUGAGAAAUUUCUCUUUCCAUCCUUCUUCUUAAAUCCUCGCUUCUCCUGUUUGUAAAGGUGCAUUCACGUGCAGUCGUAAUAAUAGGAAAAAACACAUCAUGUUUCUGUACCUCAGCAGCCUCUGUCAAAGUUGGUGAGAAACUCUGAAUGUUUUUAAGUUGAGUUUCCAGCUGCUAAAGUUGAACCCACAGACUGUUUGAGAGCCUUGUGACUCUUUUUUUCUUUCAAGAUAAGGACACAGUAUGAUAUACAGUGUAGUGAUAAUACACACACAUUAUAGGUACUUAUCAGUGCUGUGUAUUUACCUGUUUUCUGUGUAUUCCUGGUCUUUUGUUGCUGUAUAAAGCUCUUUAGACCAACCCACGGUGUUGAAAACACCUGUUUUAAUAAUAAAGUUUCUUCUUUUUUGACUAAGAGAUUAUGUGUUGAAAGUCUUUAUUUAUCUAACACAUUAUGCAUGAAUCUACAGGGCUGAGCUAUGAAAUAAAACAUUACGUCUUAUGGUAAUUUCUGGAAUAAUAAAUGAAAGAGGACAAAUGCA